AUGGUGAACCUCAGCUGCUGCCUCCUCCUCCCCAUCCUCCUCCUCGUCCGCAUCCCGGGGGACUGUCGGGAGACGAGCGAGGAGGAAUCACCGAAGACGGAAUGCUGCCCAGGCCAGGAAAGUCAUGCGGUGUAUGACUCGGAGACGGGAAUGGCCCGUUGCCUGGGCACUGGCCUCCCACCCUCUCCGUCAGACUGUGAGGGAAGGUCCGACUUCUCCCAACUCCGAUCAUCUCGAUCUAACCGCAAACUCGACUCCGACCAUGACCCGAUCCCCUUGUUCAAUUCAAAUUGCCGCUAUUACUUCAAGGUCAAGUUCGGGGAAAACAGCACGAUCGUCAAGGCUUUUGUAUCCUGCCCUAAUCAAACUGUCCAUCAGAAAUAUACGAGUAUUAACCUCGUCCCGAAAUGCUGCCCAUGGGGAAAAAGUUACGACCUGGUUCAGGAUAAAUGCAGAGCCAAGCCCUCUCCAUCCCCUCCAAAAGGGACACGAGAUGAAUAUACUAUCAUCAUCGACGACCUGACUUCCAACAACUGCUCCAAGAUUUACUUGACUCCGGAAAGAAAUCCGCAGGAGUAUUUCGAAUUCACGGAGACAGGACAUUUGCAUGUCCCGGCCAAGAAUGCCACGUAUUCGAACGGGGAAUUUUGCCUAGACCAUGAGCAGAUCACUGAUGGAUCCUGGAUCCAGCUGGCAAGGAUCUGCAACCCUGAAGAUAGGAAGGUCAAACAAGAAUGUGAAGAGAAAGGUUGCGUCCGAAAAUGCUGCAACGCGACGGAUUUAUUAAACGUUUCACAGGGGAGAUCAGUAUGCAUGUCGGUUGGCUUGGAUGACAGAGCUUUUCUAAUUCCCCCUCUCAUCCCUCCCUUCCCACCCUCUAAUGGUACAUAUAACGGCAGUAAUGUCAUCACGAUUCAUCCAACAUGUAAUGGGAAUGAUAUGACACGAAUUAUGCUGCAGCCGGUCAGCGCUGAGGAAACGAAGGCACGUUUCUAUUUGACUCAGUCCUGGGGUUUGCAAUCGAAGGAAACCCGAUAUUGCAUCGACGAAACCGGGAACAGCAGCAGCACGAUGGAGUCCGAGCUCCUCGUCUGCAUGAAAGAAACUCUAGACAUCCAUGCGUUUUGGGACGAAAGCGGAGCCACGUUCAUCGUCCAUUCCGUGCUUCUCGUCGUGCUGGCCACUUUCCUGCUCCUCACCUUCUUUCUCUAUCUGGUUUUACCCGAGAUAAAGGGUAACUCGGAGACAUACCUUCCCUCGUAUGUUGGCUGUCUUGCGGUCGCCUGCGUCGCCCUCUUGGUCAGCCAGUUCGGCGCUCGCCACGGGAUCCCUGACAAACUAUGCUUCGCUACUGCCGUGAUCAUCUCCUACAGCUGCCUCGCGGCAUUCUCCUGGCUCAACGUCAUGUGCUUCGACCUCUGGUGGAAUGUGACCAACCCGUUCUCGUCUCUCGGGGACCCAAUGAUGCCUUCGGAAAUGAAAAGGAGGCAGACGAAGAAGUGGAUCCGUUACGCCCUUUAUGCAUUCGGGGUGCCGUCGGCCAUCGUCACGAUUGCUUGCGUCGUGGAAUUCACUCGAGGAAUCCUCCCUGACGUCAUCCAGAUGGGAAUGGCUCGCUACCGACAAUGCUGGCUCCAUGGUCAUGAAGGGACCAUAUGGUUCUACUAUGGGCCGAUCGCCUUGCUCCUCGUGGCCAAUAUCAUCUUCUUUGCCCUCACGAGUCGCUGCUUAUUCCUCCACGCCAAAGACACGGCUCAUCUGACGCGCAAGCCGGAACCCGAAUCCCACAGCCGGAAUCGAGAGCAGUUUUGGUUGUACGUGAAGUUGUUCGUGAUGAUGGGAUUGAGCUGGGUCACCGAGGUCAUCAGCUUCUUCGUCAAAGAACCGAAUGAGCUUUUCCUUUUCACGGACGCCAUUAACAGCCUUCAAGGACUCUUCAUCUUCCUCAUCGUCAUCUGCAAGCGAAAAAACCAGCAGGUCCUCAAAAAGCGAAUCGUUCUAUCGUUCACCCGACGCAGGUCCUCUGCCCCGAGCGAGGCUGAAGGGUCCUGCCGCAGGUCCUCUGCCCCGAGCGAGGCUGAAGUGUCCUGCCGCUCUGGGAUCGGCCGCCUGGGAAUGGACGAAGUCCGGCCCGCAAGAGCGGAGAGAGGAGCUGGAGGGAUCGCCAGUUCGCAAUCCACCACGUCUGAAGGGUCCAGGAACGGCACUUCUUCGUCCUCUCUCUAA